AUGGAGAGAAAACAGGGAAAUGGACUGCAGGAUCCAGUCCAGAAUGCGAAGCGUCCUGAGGUGCUGCAAGAGCACAAUUGUGAGGAUAUGAAAAAGUUGGCUUGUGUGAGGAGGCUGGAAAGGAUUGACGCGGUGGAUCCUCGACAGAGUGACAGGAUGAAGGUUCGCCUCGGUGGAUACGAGGACUUCCCUUUCUGUGAAGGUGCCGAGAAUUAUCAAAAAGAACACUAUCCCGAAGCAGAGAAACGAGCUUAUUCGUUUCCUGCUGGAUACGUCAUCAAAGGCAAAGAGCAGGAGGAACUAUUUAAGAAAGUGCAGACUACAAAACCAACCGAGAAAAUCGAUGAAAAUUUAAAAAUUCCAAAGCAAUUCACAGCAGAAGCCAAAGUUUUUGACUACCUCAAGGAGGAAUUGACCAACACUCCUAGUUUCAUCACAUACGGGUAUGAUUUCAGCACAACGUUCUACAAAGCAAUGGGGAUCGCAGGCAAAUGGACGAAAAAAGGAGAGACGCAUUGGAAGAGAAAAGGUUUUGAUGUCUUGCGAGGAGAACUUGAUGUAUGUGGGAUAUUCUUCGACGGGAGUCGAGUUUUUCUUCUCCUAUUUGAAGUCAAGAGUAUCAAGGGAACAGAUAACCAGCAACUUCUGAAAGAUCGUGCUGAGGGAGCCGUUGAUCAGCUUAAGAAGUGCGAACAAGUUCUUCGGCAGAUUUUAGGAGCUACGACUUUUAGUGACAUUUUCAUCUGCAGCUUCGUCGCUUUCCCGUAUGUGUCGAGGAGGGACGUUGUUGCUUCCUUGAAAUGUGAUUGCAGUGCGAAUAUUCUCACAGAGGACGACCUAGAAGCGCGGGGUACCUUCAGGAAAUUCCUCGAAAGACAUGAAAUCACUCUAACGAGGCAGGCGACAAUAAUUCCAGCAGCCGAGGAAUGCUAUUUGGAUGUGAUGAGGACGUACUUAGCAGCCUCGGCAUCUGUGGAAUGCAUGCCAAGAACAAUAGGAGAUCUCCACAAGAAUAUCGACGAAAGGAUGCAAAAAGCCUUGGUUCUUCUCACUCCUCAUCAAAGGCAGAUUUUGAAUGAAGACCACUCUGUUCUUUUCCUGACCGGGGGGCAAGGUACGGGGAAAACCUACCUGCUCCUCAAUCGAGCUGAACGAUUGGCAAGGAUAGAGGAAACUGUCAUCAUCGUGAACAUGUCAGAGGGAGAGCUGACUCAGAAAAUGAGAGCUUGGCGUGAGUUGCCCGAGUUCCAAGAAUUCAAGGACUACGUAACAAUCAUGGAUACUUUCGAGUUUAUUGGCUGUGAUCGUCGAGAAUUCGACCUUCUUCUCGAUAAAAUCAAUGAUAAAAAACAUUGUCAUGUUCUCAUUGAUGAAUUGCAGAUCAACUUCGGCAUGGAAGGAAAGGAUGCAUUUGAGAUCGGAACAAGCUGGAGAAACCUUGCUGAUCAAAAAGAAUGUAAAAGUCUUUGGAUCAAUUGGCGUCCGAGUGAUACCACUUACCCCGAGACUCUUGAUAUCCAGGUGGUUUUGGAUUCCUUGGCUCGAGAAAAGGUGGAAUUGCUCAUGGAAAUAAAAAGAAACACGAAAGAACUCGCGGAGUUUGUGAUCGAAGUAUCGCGGUUCAUUCAGAAGAGAUUUCCGUGCUUCGAUUACCUUCCGAUGCAAGGCCUAGAGCAUGGAUUCCAUGAAAAGGAUGACCCUCUUCGAAAAAACCAAAUACCCCAAGUUGUAUUCGUCCAAUCUCCUCCGACUGAAAAUGAGUUUUACCGAUGGGUUUCAGAGGUUGUCAUGGAGAUUUCAUUGUGGAUACCGAAUUCCGGACCCCUUACCAUCAUCACCGGAACAGACAGAGAAAGGAAUGAGUUGGUACGGGAACUUGGAAAUCGACUGGGUCAAGGAGUCGCCUUCCUCGACUCCCAAGGGAACCUCCUAAGACACCCUCAGCCCCGAUUCCUCUUCUUCUAUCAAAAACCCCAGCCCCGAUUUCUCGUCUUCUGUGAAUUACAGGUCACUGGGAUGUCAUUCCAGAAUCUCAUUCUCUUGGAUGAUGGGAAAACCCCAUAUGGAUGUUGGUCUCGUUUGGUGGGGAUGGCUCGAGAGUCCCUCCAUGUGAUCACGAGAGACCCACUGCCCUCCGGGCACUGGGAAGAACCUGCCCAAAUGGGACUCAUCUCCUGCUGCUCUUUCAGAAAACCUAGGUCGCCUUCCAGCAUGUCUCAGAACCCUUUGCAGGAGUCUUCCCUUAUGAAGAUUUCGUGGACCAAUUUCCUAGAAGAAACCUCUCCCCCUUUACCCGAUACCGAAAUUGAGGAAUGCAAGUUUGAGCUUAUCUUCGGACCGAAUCGUUCAGGAAAAACUGCAAUUCUUUUCAACAGGCUGAAGAAGAAAUCAGAACAGGAAAAUGAGGAAAUGCUGAAGUCUGAGGAGACUUCAUCCAGGUGGAAAACGUCGGAAGGCUGCAAAGAAUCCGAAAAGGGGGAGCGCAAGCAUCGGAUUUUGUUUGUGGACUGCAGUAGAUGGAGUAAGAAUGGCUAUCCUCCAAACCUCUUUCUGGUAGACGCGAAAAUAAGGUUAAAGAAGAGAGAAAUGUUGAACGUGGUCGAGGUCUACGACGUCCACGACCUCAUUCGACAGCAUUGCAUGGAAGAAAAAGUUUCUCCAGACCCCCAGGUCUUGAAAGAACUAUUGGUGAGGAUGUUGGAAAAGGGCAUGAAUGAAGGACAAAGAUUCCACUUAGCUUUCGACAAUGUACCUAUUCAUGGAUACGCUAGUUCUGCAGACACAGAGAGUUUGCGGAAGGAAUGGAGGAAGAUUCUUUCCGCAUUCUCGUCCCAUGCCUCUCUCGCUUCUCUGGCCAUCGCCUUCUGUCCCUACGUCAGAUAUUCCAGGGCAACUUUCGACGUGGAAAAGUUCAAGAAGGGAUUCCAAUUCUCUUCAGAAACAAAGGUGAAGAUUCUGGAGGGAUGUCGAGAUGUGGGCUUCCCCAGUCUCCUUCGCUACGUCCUCUCCCACGAAUCUCCCCAAGAACUGAAAGUGAAACCGGGGACCCUAAACACUCGACCUCAGCCUUCUUCCCUCGUAUUCGGAGAGAAACCCACACUGGUGACCCCUCCUGUUGGCUUGCACUACCAUGGAGGAUGGAAGUGCAUUGGUGGCCGUGGGAGAGGAUGCAUUGCCGUAACCGCUGCUUCCUACUUUCACUCCCAACCUCACGGAAGCAUUGUGGUGCUAGUCUCGGACAAAGAAAUCCAGCAGAUCUUCACUGAAGCUCUCAGGUUGAUGGGCUCGAAGGUUGGGUCAACAGCCAAGGAGGCACCACAGAUCUAUGAAGUGAAGGAUUACCGAGGCUGCGAGAAUUCUGGGGUGAUGUGCGUGGGGGUCGAGGACGCAUGGAUGGUGGAGGGGAUCUCGAGAGCAAUCCAGUUCCUCUUCGUUGUCGACGGUGGAGCAUCUGCUGCAGCACAAAGCCGGAUGGCCCUCUGGAUGGAGAUGGAAAGAAGAGGCCUCCUCCUCCAUCGCCCUUUACCAUCUUCCAAUGCCCUUGACACCCUCUCUGAUGAAGACUGGAAAGCAUUGAAUCAAAUAAGCCCCUUUCUACAGGUGCUUAUUUUUUAA